AUGCAAUCCUUGAACUCGACCCCGCUAGACCCAAUCAUGGUGCUUUGUUCUGGGGAAAACUCAUCAAAGCCCCACCCAACCGAAGCCGAGGAAAUGAGCUGGCCCGCGUUUCAGGAUGCGCGUGGCGGGCAUCGAGGAUAUACAACGCGAAAAGUCGACUCGAUCUUCGGAUCUGCAUUGCUGGAAGCUCUGUCGCAGUUUGCUGGAGGGAUAGUUAACCAUGACGAUCGCCUGCAGGUCCAGACUGCGGCCGACCGGGAUGCCCAGGACGCCCUCGCAGUGACGGCCCAAGCGGGCAAAGAUCCUCAGGAGCGAGUGCUGUUAGUGGACCAUUCGCACAAACUGGUUCCUGCCGCGCGUGUUUCGAGCACGCCCGACGGUGUCUGA